AUGGAAGUUACUUUAUGCCUUGAACGAAUUCGAGAUGGUGAAAAACGCCAAACAUCGUUCGUUGGAAAACCCCAACUCGAAGCAGGAAAGUUGUGGUUGUUCACCUCUCCAUCUCGUCCCUUAAUUUUGAUGAAUUGCUGUAGUUACAAGUUUUACACGAAUUUAGAAACGUUUGUUGAAACAUUCAGUCAUGAAGGAAUGUCCGAAACUGGAGCGGUUAAAUACUUAGAUGGAGUUAUGGAAAAUUGUAAAAGGAAAGGAUCAUUUCAUUUCCAUUUUCCAUGCCAUUGCUCUCUUCAACCGCACGACUUUUGGAGUUUAAUUGCACAUAUUAACAUUGCCGAGGUACAAAUCAUAAUUAAGCAAACAUGUAGUUUGCAGAGACAUUUGAAUAAAGGAAAGAAUAUGAAAGUACCAUCAGCAAUGCUUUAA